UUGCCAACGGUAUCGAUUCGCAUGCACGUAAAGUUAGUAGUGAACUGCAAUUCACCACAGGACAGUUGUGAAAAAUUGUGUAGAAAAUUCGAACAGAAUGGCGAGAAUAGCAGCCAUAAAACAAUCUUUGGAGAAAGCGUUAAACGACGAAAGUAAACUAUGGACAAAAUACCUCGUCAAAGUUGAAAAGAAAACAGGACUUGAUCGGCUUUACAUUUUUCUAAGUGUUGUUGGAUUUUCAGCUUUAUAUUUGGUAUUUGGAAUCGGUCAACAGUUAGUUUGUAAUAUCUUUGGAUUUGCUUAUCCCGCAUAUUGUUCUAUGAAAGCCUUGGAAAGUCCAAAGAAAGAAGAUGAUACAAAGUGGUUAACCUAUUGGGUUGUUUUUGCUGUUUUUACCAUUGUUGAAUUUUUCUCAGAUUAUAUUUUAUGCUGGUUUCCAGUUUAUUGGCUUUUUAAGAGUCUCUUUUAUAUAUGGUUAAUGGCACCUAUUGAACGUAAUGGCUCUUUAGUAUUAUACCAUUGUAUCAUUAGACCAAACUUUUUAAGAUAUCAUCACAAAGUUGAUGAAAUAAUAUCAUCUGCUCAGGAUGCUGCAGUUAAAGCUGCAGCAAAUGCUUUAUUAACAGAGAAACAAGAUUAAUUUUUAUAAUUUUGAAUUCAUGGGGCUUAAAUUUUACAAAGUGCCUCGCAAAUUUUUAAUGUUUCUGUCUCUUCAAUCAUUCUUAAUAAAAAAGGGAAAAUGUAUUUGACAGCUUUAAUUUCCUAUAUACUAGAUUUAUAGUAUUGUGAAUGUUAUAAUCGACUGUGCCUAUUAUUCA